GACUAGGCAUGAGGACUGGGGGAAUGCGUCGGUGCUGCUAUUUCGUUGGCUGAAGAACAGAAAGGCGGAGGGUAGUUUUUAAAAUUAUUUUAAAGAAGCCGGAACUUAGAAUUUCAGAGAACAACUGGCUGGAAAAAAUGGAGAAGAAAGUGAGGCAAAUCUGUCCUGUUUCUGAUCCCGGCACAACAUACUUUCUACAAAUAGCUUGGCAAGAAGACCUGGGCACUGGCUUUGAUAUUAUACUCAGUGAUGGCCAAUCAGCUUGGGCUGGAAGAGUGCCUGAAGAAGAAAUUUCCAAGGAAGCUGAUGACAUGGAAAUGAAACGAGAAAAAUAUAUUGAAGAGUUAAAAAAAGCAUUAUUGUUCAGAGAAGGACUAACAGAUAAAUACAAUUUUGAUAUUUCUAAAGAAGGAAGAAAUGGAGAGUCCCUUCAUUUUUCUUAUGAAAAGAAUCUGAAGGAUGUUUCUUUUAGGCUUGGAUCACUGACACUACAAAGAGUCUCAAGCCCAGGUGAUGUCAUCAGAGAACUGAUAAGUUAUUGCUUAAACUGCAUAGCAGAAUUAAAUGCCAAAAAUGAGCAGCUGCAAAAAGAGAAUGAAAGACAUCGAAGUGAUCUGGAAGACAUGCAGGAGCAGUUCCAAAAGUGUGUUGAAGCUAAAGAAGAACUAGAGACUGAUCUUUAUAAGCGAUUUAUCUUGGUCCUCAAUGAAAAGAAGGCAAAGAUAAGAAGCUUACAAAAAUGUUUAAAUGAAAUUCAAGAAAGUGUAGUGAAAACUACAGAAGCAAGUGGCAGUGCAGAAACAUCUGAAAGUAGAGAUGAAAAGGAAGCUUAUGAAAGAAGCACUGAUGAAGAAAGUGAAAAUUUGAUACAACCCUCCACAUCAGCACCAGCUAAACCCAGAAGAGAUUCAUUACUUAGUUCAGAUUCUACUGAUGUUGCACCAAGCAGAAAGAGAAGACAACGGACACGAAAAGGUGCAAGAAUAGAGCCCAAGGUGGCAUUAUAUGAGACAGAACUUGCAACAAAUGAAAAAAAUCAUCCCUGUCGUCCUGUUAUAGUCACUUACCAUCAGAGUGAAACAAACGGCUCUGCACUAGCAGGAAACUACCCCAUUUACCACUAUUUUGUUUCAUACAGAAGAUAGUCCAGCCUGCUGCAUUGCUUACCUUGGCUUGUAUUAUUGACGAGUUCCAAAUCACAUACAACCCAUUUUGUUUAGCACCUGACAGAGCCAAAUUUACUGUGAAUAUCUCUCCUGGUAACAUUAGCAUGGAUUUAUCUCGGCUGAAGAUCUGGCAUUCCCACUUCCUGCUGGACACUGUUUGGAGGCAAAACCAGAUCAUUAAAACCAUUUGCUGCUUUUUAAUUUGGAGUGUAUACAUAACGGGUGGGAUCCUUGAUAAAGGAUAAAGCAUGACUGCAAAACACGGGUGGGUUGCAAACACUCUCUUGGACAGUAUUCCAAGCGUGGAGUGCUGCUCCUUAGGCCCCCCUGACCUUUACAGGGGCUUUUGGACACAUAGGCAAAUGUUGUCUAAAGGUAGAGUUUAAACAUUCCUAUGCGCAAGCAGAGCUGCUGUAUAGUGCACUUUGCAUUAUUCAGUUAUACCAUUGUGUUGGAUUUUGAACAUGCUGCAAGCUUUGACUUUCUGACCACAGGAAGCUUCAGUGUAGUUUUAUUAUAAUAGUACAACCUUACCUUCCCAUCUGCACAGAAAUGAUGCCUAGAUACUGAGCAGGAUUGAAAUUAAGCCCACCUCUCGUGUCCCUUAGAUAGAACCAUAUGAAGUAAAUGAACUGCCUUAGACUAUCAGGCCAUUGGGCCAUUUCUCUCCCCUCACCCGAAUUGUUUACUCUACCUGCUGCACUGGAAACACUUCUCCAGAAUCUCAAGCUUAGAUUCUUCUGAGCCCUAUUACCUGAGAUUCUCUCAAAGUGAAGAUGCAAGAAAUUGGGCCUAGGCUCUUACAGGGAGCUCAGUUUGAACAAAGCUUAUCCAUGGCAUUAAGUGGAAUACAUGCACACAUGCAUGCAUACUCAUAACGGGAGAGCAGGGCCUUGAAGAUGGAAAGAUGCACCUUUUUGAAUAUCUAGAAUGUGCCUUCAUGACUGUUCACAUCCCUGAUCUGCAGUAGUCAGAACAGAUGUAAGAAUAGCAAGUCACUUGCAUGAGGCCUACUAGGAUUUUGUGCUUGGGCCAUUGUUUCCUCUAAGAUGAGCUUCUAUAUGAGAGGGGAUAGUAUGUAUAAAUGAGGGCAAUAUAGUUCCUGUAUAUUGUCAUCUAACCUAUAGCAUGGUUUUGAACAACUGGAUUCUGUUUUUUGAAACUUCGCUCAUCAAUCCUUUAACUUAGAGGGUUCAACACUUAACAGUGGCCUAAAAUAAUUUUAAAUAAGAUAAAAUAAUUACACUAAUCCACUUUCACUUUUCAAGUUUAAUAUGAUCAUGUUUUAUUUGUUAAACAGAGUUUGGCUUCAUCUCUAUUUAUAUUGCAUUUUAAAAGAGUGCUGGGUUAUGCUUUUAUGUUGUUGUAGUUAGUUGUGAAGUCGUGUCCGACCCAUCGCGACCCCAUGGACAACAUUCCUCCAGGCCUUCCUGUCCUCCACCAUCCCCUGGAGUCCACUUAAGCUCACACCAACUGCUUCAGUGACUCCAUCUAGCCACCUCAUUCUCUGUCAUCCCCUUCUUCUUUUGCCAUCUAUUGUUCCCAGCAUUAGGCUCUUCUCCAAGGGUAAACCUCUUAUUGCCCAAGAAAACUUAUUGUGUUAAUUGAAGUCAUUAUGGUAUUCUUAAACUAUUGCAGUUGUUUAUUUACUUUAUUACACAAUUGGUAUAUCAUUUCCAGUGCAAUUAUCAAAGAACAUAAUGGCUAUAUGACAACAAAAUACAAUAAAUUAACCAGUCUUCCUCAAUAAAAGUAUAACUGUACUAGUCAGAUCAUACUUUAGAAAGGUCUUAAACAGGCAUCUAAAGACCCAAACUGUGGAUGCUUAUCUAAUGUUAUUGGAGAGCACUUUCUAGAGGGUGGUUUCUAUCACAUCUUCAAAAGUUCACAAAGACUAGGCAGGGAUGAGGUGACCCCUAAGGUAACUGUUCUGUUCAUAGCUUUUAUUUUUGCUGUAAGAAAAUGAUGAGCUUUUCAAAGCUGUGUUGCUCUCUGUGUGUAUUAAUGCAAGGUAUUUCAGUAGAGUAUGGAAGUAUCCACUAAUGAAUAAAUGAAUGUUGUUCCUUUUCUAUGUUGCAUUUGGGACCCUGCGAUUUCAAAGUAGAGAGUUGUGCCUUCAUGUUUCGCUUUAGAGCUAAAUGUGCUCUUCAAACACGCUCAUUUGUCAAAGCGCUAGCAGGAAAACUUGUAAUGGGAAGAAAUGAACAGUGUCUCAUAAUAACUUUUCACCAUCUAGUGGUAAACAGCAUUGCUGUGUCAGAAUGUGUGACAAGAUGCCAAAAAUAUUUAAUAUAGCAAAAUUGAGAAAUAUCCAAGUUUGCUGAGAUUAUUUGCAUGAGUUACCACACUCUCAAUACGAUCGUCCACUGACUAUUGUCCCAACAGAAAAAAAUCCUUGAAUCAUCUGUGGUAAAUAAACUGCAGGGAUGAUCCUUGACUAUCUCUAGGGUGGACAUUUGCUCUACUUUACAAAGGGCAAUGCUCUGCUUGGAAGAGGGUCCUGUUUGAGUCUAAACUAAAGAAACUUGGAAGACAGGCCAGGAGUGCUGAAAUUUCCGUCAUCAGCACCUGGACAGCAGGCUGAGUUCACAGGUCACAUGGUCACCUUUGCCUAU